AAUGGGAGAGUAGAGACUUGGAUAUUGUGUUGUAUAAUAUGUAUUAUGUAGAUAUCUCAACCUUGUCAAAACUGAAAACGAUUCGGAGAUAAUACUCAAGGCUUAAUUACUGCUUUCCGUGUUGAGGUGUUUAUCAGCCAAUCGUACCAGCUAAACUUGCGCCCCUGGAAGUUUUAGGGAGCUUUAAGCUUUAAUUACUGCACGAAGCGAAUCGUUUUAUCGAUCACAUAGUCCUUCCGUGCUUCGAUACACUGGAAAUACGAGACUGUAACUCGAUAAGGAUCAAAAAUGUGCGGCAGAUCCACAAUGUGUGUCAGUAGAAUAAUACACGCGGGUAACAGAUUCGAUGGCACGUGUCGCACGAUGGAAAACGUUAUGAUUGAAAAUUAAGGCGUAUUUUCAAGAACGACAGUCAUGUAUGGGACGUUGAGAUUUGUAUGGUUGGCGGGUAAUACGGAAUGGACGGUGGGAAGUUGGAGGCACUGCCUCCUGGGUUGGUACACUUGGACACAGUAAGAGCUUUGCACCAGACUGUGGUAUCCCUGCGGACUGCAUUGGAAUUGUCUAAAAGUGAACUCAAGGAAUUGAAGGAAAAGUACAAAGAGCAUUCACGGUGUUUAGAACACAGUGAUAUUAUAGAAAAGCUAACUAUAGAAAAUCAUAUUUUGAGAAGGAAAAUCAUUGAUACUGAUGGCUAUGACAGUCCUCAGCAUUUAGAUUUGGAAGUUGCACAUAGCCCUGAGAAGAGUUUCACAAAGGAGAGUUAUAGUGAUGUUUUAAUAAAAACAGCUACUACUGAAAAUGAUACAGAAGAGGACCAAGAAGGUGACCCUGUGGCACCCCAAAGUGAUUUAAUCACUAAUAAGUUGGAAGAGAUUAUUGAAGAACCUUCUGUGACAUCAAAUCAAUCAGACUCUGAAGUUGCUAAAGAUGAAUCCCAAUUGAGAUCUGAAGCUGAAUUUGUACAAGACACAGAUACUGUACCAAAUUUUAAGACUAAGUUGGAACUGCUGUCGAAAUUUGAUGUGAAAAUUAAAGUGAGAACUAUAAAGGAAGGUACUGUACUUUCCAGUACAACAUCAGACACAGAUUCAACAGUGGACGAGAAAAAAGAUACUAAAACUAGUACAAAAGAAUUUGAAGAAACCAGAGAACAUUUUGAGAAUAUUGAAAACAUAGUUAAUAUAAAAACUGUAUCUAGUGAAAAUAUCAAAAUGGCCGUGCCAAGUGAAGCUGAGAACAAAACUGAUAAGUUUGAUGUGCAAGUGAAAAUAACAUCCGAGGACAGUGUUGUUGUUAAAGAAACUAUAGAGAGAGUGCGGAAGAGGGACACUUAUAACUUGGAUGUGGAUAAUCUGAGUCUUAGGUCGAUGUCAGAAGGUGACAAUUCAGUGUUCUCGGAAUGCAAUCCAAGGGAACGGAGCGGGGAAGCAGACGACAAGCAAGACGAUAAUGCCAGUGGGAACGAGUCAGAGGAGGUGGACGAUAUAGAACUUAUAUUCACCACAGAUGAGUCGAAAGAUAUGAGCAACUUACAGGAGGACCUGGUGUCUAUACGAGAGACGGAUCAUUGGACUCCAGGGUCGGGCUCUACAACUCAUUCGACACCAGUUCUUAUCAAAUUCCACACUCUGGACCCAGAUUUCCAACCUGGCCAAAAACUAACUCCUAUUAAAAGUCACGAAAACAUUCGCCACCAAAUGAACGACCCGUCUUUAAAAGUAAAACGGGUUUCUUUGCCCAAUGACAAAGAAAUAAAACACGCUGGAUACAAGGGAAGUCUGGAUCUUCCUGGACGUGGAAUUCUGAAGAGUUUCAGCAAUAAGUCGGACAAUAUGCUGUAUAGGAGAAGUCCUAACACAAGCACUAGGAGGUUGGACAGUGUGGAUAGUUUGACCGGGGAAUAUAAUCGAGGAAUGAGCCUGGAUAACACGAAGUCAUCUAGUUUCGAGCUCGGAUCCAGCAUGGACAUUUUGCAUAGGGAAGCGAGUGUGGACAGCUUCUAUAGAUCCAGCAGAUUUGAUCACAGGUUCUCUGUGUUUGCUGAAACUGAUAUAUCCAAAUGCGGUAUAUCUGAAGAUGACCUCGUUGCAAAUAUAAAUUCAAGGAGGAAUACGUGCCCCAAUCCUUACCAGUAUAGGCCACUACCAUCUCGUCUAGGGUCCCGCGGUCAGAAGCCGGUAUCGAGCCGGAUUCGGCCAAUACUACGUGAGAGCUGCGGUUCACGGCGAGAGGGUUCCGCACAGACAGACAUGUCCGCUUUGCCACAAAAAUGGACUUCUGAUGGAUAUCUUGCUUAUAAGAUGUCGCCACCGCCAACAAGCGCGGCGCCGACACUACCGCACCGCUCGAGCGGCGCGCGCCGACUGACUGUGCCCGACACACCGCCGGUACAACGCCGCUCUGAUGAGGCGAGACGUGUGCUGCUCAGCGAUAUUGGUUUCACCUCGAUGGUGCCAGAGUUAUCUCGUUCAGCGGAACCGCUGUGGACUCUGCGGAGGCAGCAAUCUUCUCAGGAUAACAGAUAUUCCCGCGGUUCGUAUCGCUCGCCCAGUACGAGUGUGGACAGAAGCUCGGAGUUUACUCAAACCGGCUAUAUGCAGCCGUCGAGAGAGAGCGUAUGGCGCGGUUCCUUACCGGAUGUUCGACGUGACGAUACAGAGACAUUGCUGCACGACUCGGAGGUUUACUUGCGUCGCUCUAUCGACAAUUUGCGCUCUACGUCCCUUGACUUGGAAACGCCAUUAGACAGAACGGGACAGCCAUACAUCCCGGCUGAAGCGCGUCAAUUGCGUUUGGGACACGCGGUCAAACUUAUUACUCCACAGGGCAGAUUGGCUGUGGGCAGAGUUCGAUACGUAGGCAUAGCCGGGGGCACAGCAGCAAACAGUGGCAUAGUGGUAGGAGCAGAGUUUUCCAUCACAGAAUAUCCAGGGCUACCCCGGAACGACGGCACUUACAAGGGCAGGAGAUAUUUCCUCACCCCACCACAAAAUACUGCAGUUUUUGUACCUUUCUCCAAAGUGGUUAUGGCUUGGGCCAACUAAAAAAACUUUAUUAAAAAAAUUGAAUUUUCGGCUCGAAGGACCAUUUUCCGAGAUAAUUCAAACUGACGAACUAUUUUACACUUUUUUGACUCGAAAGACCAUUUUUUCGAGUCAGAUUGACUACAUGUUAAAAUUGUUCGAGAAAUAAUCUCGAUGUGACGUGGAUUUGAUUAUCAUAAGUCGUAAGUAGUAUUAAUAUUUUCAAGUAUCUAAAUGUAAAUAAAUGUAAUGGAAGUUGUUAAAAAUUGAUGUAUUUAGGAUUUUUUGCUCACAGUAGUGCAAUAAGGCCUAAGGAUAAUCUUUGUGGUAAUAGGAAUUGAUUAACUUGAAGAAAAUAUUUUAAUAAAAAUAUCAAUGUAGGUUUUAUAUUAUUCAAGGAGGUAUUUUGUUAAAAUGAACUGGAUAAUAAUAGAGAGGAUAAAAUGUCCCUUUUUAGUAAUAAAUGUUUUUUAUUUUUUUUCAGAAAUUCUGACUUACAUUGUACGCAACCUUUAAACAAAUUUCUAUUUCUAUUGCUAACAUUUAAUAAGUAAAUCCAAACGACCUGAACCAAUAUUACCAAUUUACUAAAAACGGUAUUUAUUCAAGGAAAAAAACAUAUCACAUUUAUUAUGCGUGAAAUGUCACUUUGACAGUUAACAGUUUUUUUUAUGUUACUAAUUGUUUUUAUGUAGUAUAUAAUGUAAGAUCAAGAUGAAUAUCUAUUACUUAAUCAAAUACAUGAUACAAUAUAUUUGUAUUAUACGAUUUUUAAUUGAACUUUAGUGAAAAAAUGACGCAAAAUAAAAAUAAAAAAUUCGUUAUA